UUCAGUGAUCACAACUCUAAAAUAUGUAGAUAUUCCACAUUCAAAUUCGAUUCCGAUAACAAAAAUAAAGUCAAGUCCAACAGAAAAUAGUUCAGGAAAAAGGGUGGCCAGCGAUCAUCACCAGCCGCAGCAGCAACAGCAGCACCAGCACCAUCAGCAGCAGACAGCGGAUCAACUCGUCCUGGAUAUCAGCAUGGAGCAGUCACAGUCGCAGCAGCACCGCCUCUAUGGCGCCCUCACACGCACCAUCUCACAGCCGGCUCAACAGCGCCACCCUCUGCACCAGCAGCAGAUCCAACAACAGCAGCAACAGCAACAGCAGCAGCAGCAGGGUGUUGCCUCCUUGGUGACCAUCAUUGAGAAUCUGGGGAACAUGAAUCUGCACCGUAAGCUCCAGCGCACACAGUUGGAGCCGCUGCUCCAACAGCCCAUGAACAUAUCUCGCUACAAGACGGAGCUGUGCCGCCCGUUCGAGGAGGCCGGCGAGUGCAAGUACGGAGAGAAGUGCCAGUUCGCGCACGGCUUCCACGAGCUGCGCAACCUGCAGCGCCAUCCAAAGUACAAGACGGAGUACUGCCGCACCUUCCACAGCGUCGGCUUCUGCCCCUACGGGCCGCGCUGCCACUUUGUGCACAACGCGGACGAGGCCCGCGCUCAGCAGCAGGCCGCAGCCCAGGCGGAAGCGGAUUGGGAGGACAGGCCAAGCAGAAGAGCAUGAGCACGCCGAUGCAGCAGGAGGAGAUGCCGCGCUUGCCCGUCUUCAACCGCCUGAGCUCUGCCGUGGAGGACUACCAGCAGAAGCUUCAGUCCAGCCUACUGCCCUAAGCAGCUCCAGCAUCAGCAUCAACACGAACAUCAACACAGUCAAGCCACACCUCACCUUCGCCUUCGCCUUCGCCUUCGCCCGAAAUCUGAUCUUGAAAACAAAUCAAAUAAUACUUGUAUACACGCA